AUGUAUUACGCAGGCAUGCUGGUUGGCGCCCAACACAAUGCCCUGGAUGCAUUGCUCCACGCCGUGCUGGCUGGUGCAGUGCUGCCAGUGCGCCGACUGGCGCGCAGGGUGCGCGUCGCCGCGCGUGGCACGGGAGGCGCGAGAGGCGCGGCUGUCGGUCAACCCCGCGGCGCAUGGGCGCCGCGGAAGCUGCUCGACAGGCUGCGGGCAUCGCUGCGGCAAAAAGCGCCCGCCCUCUGCUUUGCUUUCGCCCGCGUUUUACGACAACUUUCGGACGACGAUUUGCCCGCGUGGUUGCUGGAGCAGCUCGUAUGCCGCGUGGCUGCGGCGCUAGUCGAGGCGGCGUCGGGGCCGACGCUGCCGCUCGGCGGUGCUUUUGUGGUGCUGCACGGCUACGAGUCGCCCUACAUUGGCGACGCGGGCUUUGCGAUCGCGCCGCUCGAGUGA